AUGACGCACCGCGCAGCCCUAAUCCGCUCGGCAUUGUGUCUCACAACAGCUAAACCACGUCCGUCCCCCACGCUCUUCUGCUUCCCUGGACUUGCCUCUGCUCCAUGGCACGAUACGCAAACUUUCGACUGGAUCCAGCGUCUUGAAGCUAAUCGUGACGCCAUUACAAACGAGUUCUUGGCACUUCGAGAGCAACGAAACAGCUCAGCCGAGACGAGUGACUAUAAAGAGUCCAGCCAAGACCAUCAGCUGCAUUCGGGCCAGUGGGAUUGGCUCUCGUACGUGACGCAAGGUCGGCGCCAAGCGGACUUUGCGGUGCAUUGCCCCAAGACAGUGGGAGUGUUAGAGAGCAUUCCUGGCUUUAUGGUGAACGUCCCGUUUGCCUAUUCGUUUUUCUCUAUUUUAAAGCCUGGGUCGAGUAUCAAGGCGCACUCGGCGCCGUGCAACAUCCGAUUGCGUUGCCACUUCCCGAUACUUGUUCCGGAUGGUUGUGGUAUUCGAGUGGGCGAUGAGACGCGGCAGUGGGAAGAAGGCAAAGCGCUUGUGUUCGACGACGCGUUUGAUCACGAGGUGUGGCAUCGUGGAAAAGAAGGAGACCGCGUGGUGCUACUGUUCGACUUUUGGCACCCGGAACUAGUACAAGGCGAACGCGAGGCCAUUGUGGGGAUGUUUGAGGAUGCAAAGGAGAAAGGAUGGCUCAAGGAUUUGGAGCCAUAG